AUGCUUAGCGUCGCAGCCCGCGCCGCCUGCGUGCGCUUCGCCGCCGGCGCCUCCGUCGUCACCGCCGCGCACGAAACCGAUGCGGCGCACUGCGACGCCGUGCGCCGCAAAAUGACGCCCAUCGGCGCCUUCAGCCUCCUCUCCGAGACGCCCGCGGCGCCGUCGAUCCCCGCCGUGCUGCUCACGUUUAAAGCCCCGCUCGCGGCGGCAGAUCUCAAAGACGCGCUGACGGCCGGCGUCGCGCCGGCGAGCGCGCGCUUCCGGAGCCGCGUCGACGAGCGAGCGCUCGAGUUCGUCGACGAUUUAGGACCCGCCGCGGCGCCGUUCGUCGUCGAGCGCGGCGCGCGCGGGGAAGCGGCGCUGCCCGGCGCCGUCGCCGAGGCGUUGACGGCGCCGCUCCUCGGGCGCGACGGCGCGGGGCCCUGGUGGGAGGCGCUCGUCUUCGACCACGCGGCGCGGACGUCCGUGCUCCUCCGCGCGCACCACUGCUUGGCGGACGGCGUGUCGCUCGCGUCGCUCUUCGCGCGCGCCACGGACCAGGCCGAGGCCAUCGCGGCCGCGGUCGACGCCGAGAUCGCCAAGCGGCGGCGCCCCAGGGGCGAGCGGCGGCGGCGGUCCGCGCUCGCGCGGUUCGCGAGGGCGCUCCUCAAGGCGCUCGGCUUCGUCGCGCGCGUCGUCCGCGGCGCGCUGGCCAUGCUGCGCGUCGUGGCGACGACGCGCGCGCCCCUGCGCGGGGCCGCGCCGCGCCGCGCCGCGACGGGCCGGUCCGUCGCCUGGGCGAGCAAGUUCAGCGACGUGGCGACGCUCAAGCGCGUCGCGAAGGCGCUCGGAGGCGACAAGGCGACGGUCAACGACCUCUUCGCGGCCAUCGUCGGAGGCGCCCUCCGGGACGUGCUCGGCGACGCCGCGCACGUGACCUGCGCCGUGCCCGUGCACCUCUACGGCGGCGCGCUGCUGCCCGGCGUCGACGUCGGGAACCACAUCGGCGCGGUCCUCGCGAGGUUGCCGCUGCCCGGCGGCGACGGCGCCGCCGCGCACGUCGCGCGCGUGUCGCGGGACGUCGGCGGCGCGCUGCGCGGCGGCGCGGGCGCGCUCGUCGCCUACGGCGCGGCCUACGUCGCCGCCGCGGUCCUGCCGCGGCGGCUCGUGCCCUACGCGCUGGGCGGCUCCGCGGGCUGCGCGACCGUGGCGCUCACGAACGUCCGCGGCCCGCCCGUCGACGGCCUCUCGAUCCGGGGCGUGCCCGUGGAGGCCGUCGUGCCCUUCCUGCCGCCGCCGCCGGGCGUGCCCCUGGGCGUCGCGCUCGCGACCGUCGGGCCGGACGCGACGAUCUCCUUCAACGCGGACGCGUCCCUCCUCGACGCGGACGCGCUCCUCGCGGCGGCCCUCGCCUACUACGGCGAACUGGAACGGGCCGCGGGCAUCUAA